AUUCUCAGCAACCGUUCUGCAAUCAACAAAAUGAGAUUUUCGCUCCUUGCAAGCCUCGUCUCAUUCGCCGGCUAUGCUCUGGCUCACGGUGGUGUACAGAACUACACUAUUGACAGCGUAACCUACUCAGGUUACCAAUGGUUCGAACCGUAUGAAGGCCAGACUGACCUGAUUCAGCGAUCUUGGCACGCCUACCCGAUCACCGACCCGGCGUCUAGCAACAUGACGUGCAAUUUCAGGGGCGCGGCCGUGCAGGGCGCGUACCAUGCGCCGGUCCAGGCCGGUAGCAGCAUCUCGGUCACUUGGUCCGAGGAUGGGUAUGGCUGGCCACACACCGUCGGACCCAUCAUGGCCUAUAUGGCCUCAUGCGGGGAUGACUGUACGGCCAUAACCGAUAUAGCCAAUCUGGAAUGGUUCAAGAUUGCCGAGGAAGGACUGCGGGAGGGCCAUGCGGUAGGGGACGAGACUGGUUGGUUCCAGGACGACCUGUGGGAGAAUCAGAUUACGGACCACUGGGACGUUGUGGUGCCGGCGACUCUGAAGCCAGGGAAAUAUAUGAUCCGCCACGAGAUCAUCAACCUGGCGCUGAACCCCGUCCAGUUUUAUCCGGACUGUGCGCAACUGGAGGUCAACGGCUCAGGUUCCGGCGUGCCUACUGCAGAGUAUUUGGUCAAGUUCCCCGGGGAGUAUUCGGUGACCGAUCCUGGUAUUGCAAUAUCUGGCAAAGUUUAUGGAGACACGGUUACAAUGAACUACACGGUGCCCGGGCCGAAGGUUUGGACAGGAUAAAGGCAUGGGAUCGUCAUUUAAUAGGGCAGACUGCGCCUCGUAGAGCCAUACAUCGCAUUCUAGCCUGCGCACGUGUUAGUCCAGGCUGGUGCAGAACCUGACUGGAAACACUUAGUCCGUUAACUCAAGCGCCUACUCAUUUCGGAUAUAUCCUUGUAAAAAAGCCACUAACCUCUAUAAAACGCGCCCAUUAUACAGUUUUCUCUCCCAAAUAUAGACUAUAAG